AUGGCCGACCCCAUAGAUCUCACCUGGAACGAAGCCCUCUCCGGCGCCCUCGGCUCCAUCUCCCUCGCCGCCUGGAUCUUCCUCCUCCUCCCCCAGCUGGUCGAGAACUACCGCCAGCACUCCGCCGACGGCAUCUCGCUCACCUUCCUCCUGAUCUGGUUCGUGGGCGAUAUUACCAACUUGGCGGGAGCGGUGUGGGCGGGGCUGGUUCCGACGGUGGUCGCGCUGGCGGUGUAUUUCUGUUUUGCGGAUGCGGUGUUGAUUGGGCAGUGUUUUUAUUAUUACGCUGUUAAUAAGAACAAGGACAACGGACAGAAGCAAGGGGGCGCUGCGCAGCAAAACGGCACUACAGCGGGACAGGAGCAGAGCGAGCAGACACCACUAUUGAACGGCACCACCCCAGCGAUACCCUCCCACUCCCAGCCCAAGAGGCGACUCACAGACGUGACAGAAGAGAACCUCGGCCUCCCCGGCUCCCACCGCCGCCGCUCCUCCCGCCCCUCCACCGAACGCCGCACAUCCACCCUCGACCCCCUCUUCGCCUCCCCCACCCCCCGCCUCGCCUGGCUGAAAAACUCCCUCUCCAUCCUGGCCAUCUGCCUCAUCGGCGCCGCGGGCUGGGCACUCGCCUGGCGGACGGGUGCAUGGCGUCCCACCCCCGUGGAGGAAGAAGUUGGAGGGCCGCGCGGGCCGUUGGGAGCGGAGGUGUUGGGGUAUGCGUCGGCGGUGUGUUAUCUGGGCGCGCGGGUGCCGCAGAUUGUGAAGAAUCAGCGGGAGAGGAGUUGUGAGGGGUUGAGUUUGUUGUUUUUCUGCUUGAGUGUGGUGGGGAAUGCUACUUAUGGGGCUGGGAUACUCUUCCACUCCGUGCAAAAGGAGUACUUCCUCACGAAUUUGCCCUGGCUGAUCGGCAGUCUGGGCACGAUCGCCGAGGACGUGGUGAUUUUCGUGCAGUUUAGUAUGUUUGGGGAGCGGGAGGAGGAAGCGGUGGUGGAGGAGUAA